AUGGCCAACUUGUCUGACCCUUUGACUGUUGUUGAGAUGCAAACCAUGAGACUGGAUUUUACAGGCGAAAGGAUCUUUAAAAUGUUCUUGGUUGUGUUCACACAAUCCCUAUUCAUUUAUGUUAACAUUAUAAUGCUUUUUACAUUGCGCACCAAGACCAUUUUCCGUGAGACACCACGCUACAUCCUGUUUGCCCACAUGCUCCUGAAUGACACCAUUCACCUGGUAAUUGCCCUUGUGCUCUAUAUUCUCAGUUCCUUAUACUUUAUGGUGGUUCGUGCUGCUUGUGCCUUCAUUGUGCUGGUAUCUACAUCAACAUUUGUCAAUGCACCACUCAACCUGGCUGUCAUGUCCCUGGAGAGGUACACAGCCAUCUGCUUCCCACUGCGACACAGUGAGCUGGCUACGCCAACACGAGCGAGUGCAGCUGUUGCGCUGGUCUGGGUUUUGGGCAUCACUGAUGUGCUAACUGAUGUGUGUGCUCUGUUCCUCCUUGCAGAGCCAUCCUUCUACUUGUCUGCUACAGUGUGUACCAUCAAACAGCUGAUGGUGGCACCCUGGCAACAGGGCAGGAGUCUGACGUUCAAAAUUCUGCUCUUCAUCAUAGUAGCCAUUGUGUUGCUCUACACAUAUGUGGCCAUCGUACGGCAGGCCCGUAUCGCCUCCUCUGACACAGCUUCUGCCCACAAGGCCUUGCAAACUGUGGUACUGCAUGCACUGCAGCUUGGUCUCUCACUCAUGUCCUUCCUCUAUGAGUAUAUUGAUUACCUGCUGGGAAGUCUGCCACUCUCCGUAUAUACACAGUUGCGCUUUCUUAACUUCUUCAUAGUGCUGAUUCUGCCCCGUUGCCUCAGCUCUCUCAUUUAUGGCCUGAGGGAUGAGACCUUCAGACCACUGUUCAAACAGAAAUUCCUGUACUGCACAAAGAAAGUUGUGCCUUUACAGGCUUUUAGAAAACAAUAA